AUGCCCCGAAGACUAGACGCUGACCCGCAUUUCAAUCAAGUCCAGAUCAUUGGUUACAUCGGCCGCUGCAUGGCACACAGUAACACAACUACAAUGGGACCGUACAUUGUCGCCAACAUGUUCAUUCUGCUCAGUCCUACGCUCUUCGCCGCAACUAUCUACAUGACCCUUGGUCGAGUCAUUCGUCGGGUUCGAGGAGAACACCUUUCUCCCAUUCGGGUCUCACGUCUCACAAAAACAUUUGUCUGGUUCGAUGUGUUGUCCUUCGUUGUCCAGGGAAAUUCCUCAUCCCUCUCAGUUUUGGGAUACCCCCAGUGGGGAAAAGUAUGCGUUAUUGCCGGUUUGGUAAUUCAACUCAUCUCGUUUUCCCUCUUCUGGGUGACAGCCAUCAAGUUUGCAAAGCGCCUUCGUCACUCACCCACCCCCGAGUGUCUCAAGCCUGGUGUUCCCUGGCAACGAGCAAUGCAUAUGCUAUAUGGUGUUAGUGCUCUCAUUUUGCUCCGCUCUAUUUUCCGGAUCAUUGAGUAUGUCAUGGACAAUGAUGGUUAUCCUCUUAAGCAUGAGUGGACAUUGUCCUUUCAGAGUCAAAAUAUGCAGCGAAUUCUUUCCUCCGAGUCUAGUGUCCAAAGUGCUAGUCCCAACAUAAUGGGCCUCUCCCCAUCGUUAUGCUCGGCUAAGGCCUUUUCAUAUCCUCAUAUACCAGGCGCCAAAGUGUUAUCACUGCAAGCUUCACAAGUUUCAAAUGUAUCCAAGUACAUCCCUGAGUGGUACUACUACAAUCAUGGCGGCGUGAAAGCUCAAAAUCUCAACUUCUGCAAUAUCACAGUGACAUACAAACACACCGCUAAAAAUGACACUAUCAACGUUGGCGUCCUUCUACCCAGUGAUUCCUGGAACGAGCGACUACAAGGAAUCGGAGGAAACGGCUACACGGCUGGGCUCACAUCCAUAACCGCAUAUGGAAUGAUCGCAGCAGCUGCCGAAGGAUACGUCGCCAUUUCAACCGAUGGCGGGCACACAACCGACGACCCUGCGGACUGGGGCCUUCUGGAAAACGGAAUGCCGGACUACGAUACCAUUUACGACUUUGCCAUUGCUUCUCUCGGCGAUGCCGCAAUCAUCGGAAAGAGCUUAGCAGAGAGCGCAUAUGGAUCGAAACCCAAAUACUCUUAUUGGACUGGGUGCUCACAAGGCGGCCGACAAGGUCUGGCGCUUGCCCAGCAAUAUCCCGAAGCAUAUGAUGGUAUCGUUGCUUCUGCUCCGGCAAUAAAUUGGCCACAACUUUCGUUGGGAGGAUACUGGGCUCAAUUUGUUAUGAACCAGCUUGAUGAAUAUCCAUUUUCUUGCGAGCUCAACGCUGUGACAAAUGCUGCACUCUCCGCCUGCGACAGCGCUGACGGUGUCGUGGAUGGUAUAAUCUCGGACCCGGAUUCAUGUGCCUUUGAUCCGUUUGCUUUAGUGGGAACUCAAAUUGGCUGCAGUGACACCGGAUCGCAGUUGAGAAUCUCGACUGCCACUGCGAAGAUUGUUAAUGCUACCUGGACAGGAGCGCGAGACUCACAGGGCAACUUCUUGUGGUAUGGCUUCAAUCCCGGGACUGCCCUGACAGGAGUAAAUACACCGGCAAAUACAAAAUGUAACAACGAGACAUGCACUAUGGUAUCCAACCAGCUGUAUGAUCGAUGGGCUCAGGUGUUUAUCGAGCACAAUCUGAACUUCACCUUAACGAACAUCACCCACCAAACAUAUGACCACCUUUUCCGAAAGUCUGUCCAGCAAUGGAAUUCGGUAUUUGGAACGAAUAACCCAGAUUUGUCGAAAUUCCGUGACGCUGGGGGUAAGAUGCUUACAUAUCAUGGCCUGAUGGACGAGGUAAUCCCUUCCAAUGGAACGAGGUCAUACUACGAGGCGGUGACUGCCGGCGACUCGAAUGUUCAUGAGUACUAUAAGUUGUUCGAAGCACCAAUGAUGGGGCACUGCUAUGGCACUAAAGGAGGAUAUCCUUCUACCAUGUUCGAUAGCCUUGUUGCUUGGGUCGAGUCUGGCAAUGCUCCUACGAGUCUUCCAGUGAAAUACUCCCCAAAAGAUGGGAAGACAUAUGACAGAAUUCUGUGCCCAUACCCCCAACGAGCGAAGUACAAAGGUACUGGGGAUGUAACAUCUGCCGAUGCAUUCUAUUGCGCAGAAUGA